AUGAAUCUCACCGCAGUCAAAGACGCCAAGAAAGUCAUAGAGAGGAACGUCGAGGAGUCGCUCGCGGUCCUCCCUCCUCUUUGGGAUUGCUACCGCACGCGCUACGGCGGGGCACCAUCACAUGAGAAGCUUAGCCUCGUGGACGUUGGAACAGGUGCUGGUCUUCCCAGAGUUGUUUUGGCCAUAGCUUGUCUAGUUGGUGAGACAGUUAUACAAACGCUUCUAAAAGCUGAUUUAGUAAAGCUACAGAAUGGUGCAAGCAUUCAGCAGUAUAUAUCAUUUGGUGAUGUAGAGGAUGGUGAGCUUAGCUUCUUGAAGUUUGAGUCGUUUUCUAUGUUUCACUGUAAAGUGUUCCUUGAGUCACUAUUUGAUGAACUUAUGAACAUUUAA